CCCCGCCGCUGGAGACUCUAAGCUUCCACGGAGAUGAAGAGAUCAUUGAGGUGGUAGAGCUGGAUCCAGGCCCGCCCGACCCGGAUGAUCUGGCCCAGGAGAUGGAAGACGUGGACUUUGAGGAAGAAGAGGAGGAGGAAGAGGGCAAUGACGAGGGCUGGGUCCUGGAACCCCAGGAAGGGGUGGUCGGCAGCAUGGAGGGUCCGGAUGAUAGCGAGGUCACCUUUGCAUUGCACUCAGCAUCUGUGUUUUGCGUGAGCCUGGACCCCAAAACCAACACCUUGGCAGUGACAGGGGGUGAAGAUGACAAAGCCUUUGUGUGGAGACUCAGUGAUGGAGAGCUGCUCUUCGAGUGUGCAGGCCAUAAAGACUCUGUGACAUGUGCUGGUUUUAGCCAUGACUCCACCCUAGUGGCCACAGGGGACAUGAGUGGUCUUUUGAAAGUGUGGCAAGUUGAUACUAAGGAAGAAGUCUGGUCUUUUGAAGCAGGAGACCUGGAGUGGAUGGAGUGGCACCCUCGGGCACCUGUCCUAUUAGCGGGCACAGCUGACGGCAACACUUGGAUGUGGAAGGUACCGAAUGGUGACUGUAAGACCUUCCAGGGCCCCAAUUGCCCUGCAACCUGUGGCCGUGUCCUCCCUGAUGGGAAGAGAGCUGUGGUAGGAUAUGAAGAUGGUACCAUCAGGAUUUGGGACCUCAAGCAGGGAAACCCCAUCCAUGUACUGAAAGGAACUGAGGGUCACCAGGGCCCUCUGACCUGUGUUGCCACCAACCAGGAUGGCAGCCUGAUCCUCACUGGCUCUGUGGAUUGCCAGGCCAAGCUGGUCAGUGCCACCACAGGCAAGGUUGUGGGUGUGUUCAGACCUGAGACAGUCACCUCCCAGCCCAGCCUGGGAGAAGGGGAGGAGAGUGAGUCGAACUCUGUGGAGUCCUUGGGCUUCUGCAGUGUGAUGCCUCUGGCUGCUGUUGGCUAUCUGGAUGGAACACUGGCUAUCUAUGACCUGUCCACGCAGACACUCCGGCACCAAUGCCAGCACCAGUCGGGCAUUGUUCAGCUGCUGUGGGAGGCUGGCACUGCUGUGGUGUACACCUGUAGCCUGGAUGGCAUUGUUCGUCUCUGGGAUGCCCGAACUGGCCGCCUGCUUACUGACUACCGGGGCCACACUGCUGAGAUCCUGGAUUUUGCCCUCAGCAAAGAUGCCUCCCUGGUGGUGACAACAUCAGGAGACCACAAAGCGAAAGUAUUUUGUGUCCAGAGACCUGACCGUUAACGGCUGUGGCUCUGGCAUAGUGUCUGGUGUUGAGGGGGAUAAAGGGAGACCCCUGCCCCCCCAGCAGAGGUGGCAGGGUGCAGAGGGAGAAGGAGGGGAGGGCAUUGGACUGCUUUCCAACCCCUUCAGCUGACCUGCCCGCUCCUUGUCCUUUUCUUCCCUGGAGACCCGCCUUACCAGGCCCUCCCUCCCCUGUCCAGCCCUGGGGCCCUUUAGGAGGCCCAUGUUUCUUUCACUUUGAUUUGCUGGUGUGAGCCAUGGGGUGCGUCUUUGUAUGUGGGGGUUAGGUCUUUGAGGUUCCCGUUCUUUCCCUUCCCAACUCUCUGGGGAAGGAAAGGAGGAAGAGAGACUAGUUACAGAUUUUAAAAAUGUAAAUAAAAUAUACUUCCCAGA